UCAUUCGUCCAGAACAUAACAUUUGUUUAACAUUUGCGUUAACGCUUCAUUGACCCAGCAGCAAUCCCAACCAUUAGGCUACCCGUUUGCCAUUACUUAUGUAUGGUAUUCUGAAAUUUCUCAAACCGAUUUCCCUGCUUCCAUUCCCAUGGCGAUUUCGCAAUGCGCUCGGCCCCAAAAAACAAAAGGCUAAGACCAAACCAAACAGCAUUUAAAUCAUUAUUCCCUACACAACUCAAAAACAAAACAAACCUUCAGUUCUCCCACUUGCCCCUGCUCCCCAAGCAACAAAGACAGAUUUCGAUGAGCCGAUGCCGAUGCCGAAGCUACACCUAUCCCAACAAAGCAUCAUGAAAUCCUUUCAAUUCUUAAGCGCGUGUCGUGCAUUGCUAAGUUUUGGCCUCAAUGUCUUUGUGUGAGUAGGUGUGUGUGUGCGGGUGUGUGCAUGUGUGGCAGUAGUAUGUAAGUAAAUGGGCGUGCUUGCUGGCCAUAUGUACACCUUUUACGCCCGACUAAACACCCGCAUAAAUAAAUUUCGUUAAUGCCAAAUAGUCUCGAGCGUAAAAGAAAGAUGAGGUAACAGCAGCAACCAAACGGAAUGCUCCACAACGCCCACAUGCACACAACAAAGCACACAGGCAACCUCACACACAAGCAAAAGCACAGUUGCUUGCAUGCAAACCUACACAGAUGUGAUUAUGUGGUUUGCAAAUCUUUCUCUUCACAAUUUCGCCCUUUUCGUACUUUUUGUAGCAUACUUUUCGGAGCUUUCUGUAAAAUGUUUUUAAGAGAGAAGAGUUAAAAACCAAAGCAAUUGCUGAUUAUAUCACAGUUAGUAUUCAUUGCGUUUUUGUUAUUUUUAUACUUUUGCAUCUCCGUAUUGUAAAAUUAAAAUGAAUUCGUCACAUUAUUCUAACUAUUUGCAAAGUAUUCAAGAAUAGAUAACAAAUAAUUUCCUGCAUUGCUUUACCACGACCUCGACUUACACCACGUUCACUUAACAUUCUUUAACAGCACUAAAACACAAAAAAAAAAAAAAAUGUCGGCCUAUUUUUUGUCUCAGGUCGUUAAGCGAGGUAAAUGGAAGGUGCAAUAAAUUUGCUCUAUCUAACAAUCUUGCAUUCACUUUAUUCAGACGGUUUCGAUUUGCGGAACAGUGUUGUAACUAGUCUUACCGCUCACAUAACUUAAAGUGAACUCACACAAACAUAUCAAAAUGGGAUUUUGCGCAAAACGUAGCCAUAAAAUAACUCGGCAGCUCACAAAGGCUAAAAGAUGGAAGCUUUUGCUCCAGCGCAUUGUGGGAAUUUUUCGAAAAGUGGCCACGUGUUGUUGAUCUCGUUCUUGUGCUCUUCUGCCUACCAGAGGCAAUGGUUGCUAUUGUUGUAGUUGCUUUGGCAAUUGGCAAGUGCUGAACAUUCAAAUAUGCUAAACUUUGCUUUGCAACUAAUUUCAAAACAAACUGAAAUCCUUCGUUUAGUUUUACAUAUUAUGCAUAAGGAACUAUCGAAUUGAAGUUGAAAACUUAUUCAACUAAAAUACAUAAUCAGCAUCAAGGAGUUAUCAAUAUUAGUUAUAAGUAGUCGAAGCCACUUUGCGCAUUGCCCACAGCUGCAUGCGGCAAAGUCUGGCUUCUGGCACUCGCUAAAUUCUGGCCACACCGCGCAUGUGACCCAGUUAAGCGGAUUUUCUGGCAGCAGACGAGGCGACCAGAGACGACCAGAGCGACGUGGACGAAGCGCUAAGCAAGGAUUUUUAAUUUGCCUGGCAUUUUUAAUAUAGCCUUGGCAACAUGCGCCCCCAGCCUGGAUUGAUCAGUCUCCUGCUCAUCUCUAUGCUCUUCGGUCUGCCGGGCUCCCUCGAGCUAGAGCUGGAAAUGGUCGAAACGGAAACGGAGAGGGAACGAGAAAGGGGAAGAGAGGAGGAUGCUGUGGCGAUAUCCAAAUCUUUGUCGAUAUUAAAGAGCGACACAAUAAAUGACAACACAUUUCAUAGAAGUCAAUCAAAGAGAGCCGCGACAUUGGCAAAGUCGCAGCCAUUAAUUUCAGCGACAACACAAAUUACAAAACCAAAUGACGAGCAAAUAGCAAGAACGACAACGACAACGGCAACAGCAAUACACAGAAAUGUUAGCAGCGCGUUGAGUGCAGUUGCAGCUCCUUUGGAAAGCCACAGCAACAUUAAUAACAUUAGCAACAAUGGCGUUCAGCGGCGAUGGACAACUGUGUCCACAAUGCCGGCUUCCGCACCAGGAGUGACGGCAGCACUGCAAGCAAAUCUUAUUAUGAGCAAUAGAAACGUGGAGCAGCAAAAAUUGGACGAGCACGAGUACAAAAUUACGCAGAGCAACAACAAUGCAUUGUUCGUAGCAAGCAGCAGCAGUAGCAGCAACAUGUUUAGCAACAAUUCAACGGCAACAACAUUUGCUGCUCCAGCAACAGUAGCAGAGGCGACAACAACAGCAACACCAAUUACAACAACAUCAACAGCGGCAACGACAACAACACGUCGACCAGCACCGAGAACAACAUUGAAGCCACCGCCAACAAUAGAUGAUUACCAAACAAUAAUUAGCCAAGCGGGAACCCACGCCUAUCUGCCCUGCAAUGUCAAACAAUUGGUAAAGAAGCCCAUUUCGUGGCUCCGUAUGAGAGACGGUCACAUUCUUACUGUGGAUCAGACCACUUUCAUUGCGGAUCAGCGUUUUCAGUCGGUCUUCUCGCCCAAUCCCGAACGCUGGUCGCUGCAGAUCAAAUAUGUGCAGCUUAAGGACGAAGGAACAUAUGAGUGUCAAGUCUCCACGGAACCCAAAGCAAGUGCAAUAGUUCAUCUUCGAAUUGUGGAACCUAAAACCGAGUUAAUCGGGGAGUCGACGCGCCACGUAAAGGCCGGAAGUCAAGUGAAACUGCGCUGCAUAAUUAGCCAGGCACUGGAGCCGCCACUUUUCAUUAAUUGGUUUUACAAUCAGAAGCAAAUCUAUUUGCAUAAUCGUCGUGGUUGGCGUACGGAAAUUGAGCGCAUCGAUCUGCCAACGGAAGCGCCAACGACAUCAACGGCAGCGACAACGUCAACGUCAACAACAGCAACAACAACAUCAACAACAACAGCAACGUCUAUAACGAGUACAACGCCGGCUGCGACGCCAGCAGAGGCGCUAAAUGAUAUAGCGGCCAUAACACGUUCGUAUAUUCUAGAUGCCAUUGCAGUGGGUGAUGGCAUAGCGAUGGCCGGAUACGGUUACGUGUUGCCAACGUCUGGCACGCCUAUAUACUCAGCAGCCACAAUGUCAACGGCAGCAAAUGCAGGUGCUGCAGUUGCAACAUCAGGCAUUGCCACAGCUCAAGUGGCGGCAGCAUCAGCAGCAAUUGCUGCUGACACGUCGGCAAUAUUGACGUUGCCGCCAACAGGAACAACUGCAGCAACAACACUACCGGUAGCAUCCACCGUAACUACAAAAGCAACAACAGCCUCUGCAGCAACAUCUACAACAACAACAACAACAACAACAACAAUGCUGCCAAGCAGCAGUUUCAUUAAACAGAUAACGACGGCUUCGCUCAUCAUACCCGCCGUGGUGAAGCUGGAUUCCGGCAACUAUACGUGCAGUCCUUCGAACAGCGCCCCGCGCACCAUCGUCCUGCACGUGCUAAAUGGUGAAUACUCUGCGUCGGCUAUUAAAUCGGCCAGUGUCAGCUGGAAUACGCUAAUUGGAUGUCCUGGCUAUUUACGUUGGCCGAAUGUCUCAACGAUUUUGACACUUUUGUGGAUUAUUAAAUUUGUGCUCGCUUGGAAUGUGACAAUUUGCUGCAAUCGUGGCCGAAACAAAGUCAACAAUCGCCCAUCACUGGAGGAGGCAGCGGCGACACAAACAACAAUAACACGAACAACAACAAGGAUAACUGGCAGGACAACGGCAUGCGACAACGUCAGCCGCAGGCUCAGCACACAGACGCAGACCAAAAGCAAGAGCCAUGGCCAGAGCCAGAGCCAGAGCCAGACGACAACCCGCAGGCAACGGCGUUUCGGACUCGACUGCGGUUGUGGUGGCUGCUGCUGCGGCGGUGACUGUGGCCACGUCAGCAGCUCAAUUAGUGGCACCAAAGUGGCCGAGGACAAAACUUGAGUAGCACUCUUACCAAUCUCAAUACCAGCACAAAAGCACACCAGCACACCAGUGGGACAACAACAAGGAUUCACAAUUGAAAUGUGAGCGGUUGAGUUUAGACCAUGCUUAGGCUCUUAAACCCAUUCAGAUGCAUGUUCGCAUUUUCGAAUAUAUCCAGAAGCACGAAUACAUUUAUGAUCUCCUCAAAUGCCAUAAUACUUUAUAAUAAUACUAUAGUCAUUGCUUAUAGAUACAGCAAUUGUAUGUGUAUACACAUUGUGAACAAUAAUCAAAUCGUUAAGCAUUUUUUUGUAACGAAAUUGAAGUUAGUUUUUAUAUAAUUUGGUUAUUUCAGAGUUGUGUAAAUAAUCAUUCAUUUGAAACUGUACAUUCAUUUAAAAAAAAAACCUUAAGAGUAUGCACAUAAGUUAAUGGUUGUAUAAUUUUAAUAAUAAGUCCAAUUACCAAGAACAAUUCAAAAUGGUUCACUAUAAAUAAAAUUUUUUUAUAACAAAAAUCAUAAAAACAUUAUAUAACAAGAUCUAAAUCAAAUAGAAAAAGCAAGCAAGCGAAAUUAAAGAGUUUACAGUAAAUUUUAAAUGAUCAUACGCGUACACUCGUAAGUAACACAAAACCCAAAACCCAAUGUGCUACAAAUGAUUUAUUUGUUUGAAAGUUUAACAAACUAAUAACCAACCUCAACUAACAAAAGAGGUGCAACACAAAAUAUUUUACAUUUUUAUUUAAAUUAUUAAUACUAAAUGGGGGUUAGAAGACUAUUUUAAAAGAAAAACAUACAGGUUAUAUUGAUUUGAAGUGAAUAUAUUAUUUUAAUUUUUUAAAUAUUGAAUGUUGAACCGAUUAACUAACUCUCUUUAUUUCUUCGCAUUGAUUGUAAAUAUCGACAAACUUGAGCGUAUGCUCACCAUACUUAGCAUAUAAAUAAUUGAAUUAGAAUUCUGCAUAUGUGUAAACAAUAAAUUAAUAAUUGUUUAAUAACUGAUUCUCCGCGGGAACUGUGUAAAUACGUGUAUCGAAAUCUAGGCUGAAGGGUUCCUUAUACAGCUACAAUAUAUUAAUACUCACGAGAAAAUCGAAACUACAAUUGGAAGUCUUAACAAGUAUUAAAGACUAAGAGAUAUUUAAAGCGCAACUUCUCGCUAGAGUUUUCCAUUUAAGUUUUACAAAAAAAUAACAACAUACAUGAAAAUAAUAAAUAUUAAGCAAAUUAAAUGAUAUUUGCAAUAAGUCUUAAGACAUUAUCGUAAGUGAUUAUAAAUAAAUAA